AUGUACCACGUCCUCAUCGCCGCUUUCGCCACCUGCGUCGCGUGCGAGCUCUUCGAGACCGAGAAAAUCUACGCCACCGAUGAUUACGCGAUCGCCAAGCGUCGCAUCGAGCUCGCGCGCGAGCGCAUCGCCGUCGCCGAGGCUCAAGUUCGCGAAAAAGGCGAACGGAAGAGCGCGCGUUUGGAGCAAGCGCAAGUCGCGCUCGUGCACGCCGAGCAAAAGAUGAAACAGAUGUGCAUGGCCACGGGACGGACGUUCAUGAUCGUUACGUUCAUCGGCGCCACGGCGGUCAGAUGGUACUACUCGUACGCCGAACAAAAGACUGGGUUGCGACUGCCGUUCGCCGCGCCGAUGCGCUGGGCGCUCGGAACUGGCGAAGACGAACGCGAUUUAAAUCCCACCGCGGCGUAUUUCAUCGUGACGUAUCUCUGGCGCGUGGUGUUCGGGGAUGUGCUGGGGCGUAAGACGAGACAGAUCGAGGCGUAUUGGAGCACAAAGGACACGGAACGUUACAUGGCCGCGCAUCGACAAACCUUCAACUCGUUGACUCGCGACUCUACGAUGGCGGUGGCGCCAAAGGUGAAGAAAAUGCGAUGA